AUGGCAAUGGUGAAGUCUCCAAAGAAACAUGUCAAUCUUUUCUUUUCCCUGGACUGUGAACAACUUGCCAACAAAGUUGCUGCUCAUUCACACAAUAACAUCACUCUCCAGAAUAUCAAUUGGAGGUCUUUUGCCGACGGGUUUCCAAAUAUAUUUAUAAAUAAUGCAGAAGAGCUCCGGGGUCAACAUGUUGCCUUUUUGGCAUCAUUCAGCUCUCCAGCUCAAGUCUUUGAACAACUGUCUGUCAUAUACGCACUCCCUCGUCUAUUUGUUGCUUCGUUCACAUUGGUGUUGCCUUUCUUCCCAACUGGAUCAUUUGAGCGUAUGGAAGAAGAAGGUGAUGUAGCAACUGCCUUCACCCUUGCGAGGAUGUUGUCAAACAUUCCGAUUUCAAGAGGUGGCCCAACUAGUUUAGUCAUAUAUGACAUUCAUGCUUUGCAGGAGAGGUUUUAUUUCGGAGAUGAGGUUUUGCCGUUGUUUGAGACUGGUAUUCCUCUUCUAAAGCAACGUCUGCAACAACUUCCUGAUGCUGAUAAUGUAGUUAUUGCAUUUCCAGAUGACGGUGCAUGGAAGCGAUUCCACAAGCUGUUCGACAAUUAUUCAGUGGUUGUAUGUACAAAGGUACGUGAAGGUGACAAGAGGAUAGUUCGGCUCAAGGAAGGCCAUGUCUCUGGUCAUCAUGUUGUGAUUGUCGAUGAUUUGGUCCAAUCUGGAGGCACCCUAAUCGAGUGUCAGAAAGUUUUGGCUGCCAAUGGCGCAGCAAAAGUGAGUGCCUACGUCACACACGGUGUGUUCCCUAACCAAUCAUGGUUGCGGUUCACUCAUAAAGAUGAAGCCUCGGAGAAAGCAUUUGCCUACUUUUGGAUCACAGAUUCAUGCCCAGUUACUGUCAAAGCUCUAGCAAAUCAAACUCCUUUUGAAGUAUUGAGUCUUGCAGGGUCAAUUGCUAAUUCCCUUCAAAUUUGA